GUGUCAGCACUUGCUUAUAAUGUCUUUGUGGAACAGGUUCUCCACUUCAGAUAGAUACACAGCCUCACAAUGUGCGGUAUCUGGGCCCUGUUUGGGAGCGAUGAAUGCCUUUCUGUCCAGUGUCUAAGUGCCAUGAAGAUAGCACACAGAGGUCCUGAUGCAUUUCGUUUUGAGAACGUCAAUGGAUUCACCAACUGUUGUUUCGGUUUCCACCGCCUUGCUGUUGUUGAUCAGCUAUAUGGUAUGCAGCCUAUUCGGGUGAAGAAAUUCCCAUACCUGUGGCUGUGUUACAAUGGAGAAAUAUAUAAUUUCAAACAGUUACAGAAGCAGUUUGGGUUUGAAUAUCAAACAUUAGUGGAUGGUGAGGUUAUCCUUCAUCUUUACAACCGAGGAGGAAUAGAACAAACGGCAUCCAUGCUAGAUGGUGUAUUUGCUUUCAUACUUCUGGACACUGCAAAUAGAAAAGUGUUUCUGGCGAGGGAUACCUAUGGAGUCAGACCACUGUUUAAGGUUCUGACUGAUGACGGAUUUUUGGGUGUCUGUUCUGAGGCAAAAGGACUUAUCAACUUGAAGCAUUCAUCAUCCUUAUGUUCUAAAGUGGAGCCAUUUCUCCCCGGUCAUUAUGAAGUGUUGGAUUUAAAGCCCUCUGGCAAAGUUGCAUCGGUGGAAUUAGUAAAAUUUCAUAGCUAUAAAGAUGAACCACUCCAUGUUGCAUGUGAUACAGUGGAAACUCUGCCUUCAGGCUUUGAUGUUGAAACAGUGAAGAGCAACAUCCGUAUUCUGUUUGAAAAUGCUGUUAGAAAACGUUUGAUGGCUCACAGAAGGAUUGGUUGUCUUCUGUCAGGGGGCUUAGAUUCCAGCUUGGUUGCAGCUGUUCUUCUGAAACUCAUGAAAGAAAUCAACAUCAGUUAUUCAUUACAAACCUUUGCAAUUGGAAUGGAAAACAGUCCUGACUUGCUGGCUGCCAGAAAGGUGGCAGCACAUAUAGGCAGUGAACAUCAUGAAGUAAUAUUUAACUCUGAAGAGGGAAUUCAGGCGAUAGAGGACGUUAUCUUCUCCUUGGAAACCUAUGAUAUAACAACUAUAAGAGCUUCUAUUGGUAUGUAUCUUGUCUCCAAAUAUAUACGGAAGAAAACGGAUAGUGUGGUCAUUUUCUCAGGAGAAGGAUCAGAUGAGCUGACACAAGGAUAUAUAUAUUUCCAUAAGGCACCAUCUCCUGAAGAGGCUGCAGAAGAGAGCGAGAGGCUUCUGAAGGAGCUGUACCUGUUUGAUGUGCUUCGUGCGGACAGAACUACUGCAGCACAUGGUCUUGAACUGAGAGUCCCAUUUUUGGAUCACCGGUUUACGUCUUAUUAUUUAUCUCUACCAGCAGAACUGCGAAUCCCAAAGAAUGGAAUUGAAAAGUACCUUCUAAGACAGGCCUUUGAAGAUUCCAAUUUGCUUCCCAAAGAAAUACUCUGGAGACCCAAAGAAGCUUUCAGUGAUGGUAUAGCGUCAGUAAAGAAAUCGUGGUUUUCUAUUCUUCAGGACUAUAUUGAUCAACAGGUUGAUGACCUUCUGCUAGAAAAGGCAGUGGAGAAAUAUCCUUUCAAUCCUCCGAAAACAAAAGAAAGUUAUUACUACCGGCAGAUCUUUGAAAAGCACUACCCAGGGCAAAGCAACUGGCUGCCCCACUACUGGAUGCCAAGAUGGGUUAAAGCUACUGAUCCUUCUGCUCGCACAUUGAAACAUUACAAGUCAGCUACUCAAGAGUAGCCUGUUGAAACAAGCCCCCAAACAGAAGUGCUGUGAGCAAUUUGCAUGCACUCUGCUUUAAAAACAAACAAACAAACAUUGCAAACCUAAAGCUUAAAUGGUCUUUAAGAUGCAUUUUGACAAUGCUGUUGGAAAUAAGAGCUUUCUGUGGUUAGUGUACUAUUAAAAAUUCACCCUGCUGUAGCAAAACUUUGUAAUUCAUGGGAAAAAACCUUAUUACAAGGAGCUACCUUAUUUGGCAGCUAUAUUCCUUAUGUGACCUUGAUUGUAUUAGUUUGCCUUGCAGUCAUUUAAUAUAUGCUAAUGUGAACUCUGUUUUGAGGACUUGAAUAAGUGUUGCAAACUGCUGGCGGCCCUCUGAGCCAAGGGGAAUUUGACUAUUUAGUGGUUGGUGUUCCUGGCUGUGGGAUUUGGAUAGUCUGUCUAUAUUACUCUAUUCUGAAUGUCUUUUUAAGCAUUCCUGAGAACCUUGAUCUAGUUUUCAAAAGGUAUUUAAAUAUUCAUAGCUAUGCAGAGAUGCUUACUAGUAUCAUAGUGGUGGUGCUGGGUGUUACUCAAACUAACGGGAAUUUUCUUUGUUAUUGUAAAGCUGCCACUUAGUUGGUUUGAAUCUUUUAAAUAUAUCAGCAGUCUAAAGACAUUGUAACUGUUACCAAAGAGCAGAAGAGACAAGAGAAGCCAAGUUAUGCCUUUGUUUCUAACUCAAGGAUUUCAAUUCUUAAAUUUAUUUAUUAUUAAAAAUAGAAUGUUAACGGA